AUGUCAGCAGAACAAUUUGAUCAUUUACACAAUUUGUUGAAGCCUAAAUUACAGAAAACCAGCCAGAGGGAACCGAUUUCAACUGAAAUUCGUCUUGCUGCAACGUUAAGCUUCCUUGCUCACGGAGACAGCGUUCGAACAAUAUCAUUGUGGUUUCGCAUUGGAAAGUCAACUCUAUAUGCCAUCAUUCCUGAGGUGUGUAAAGCAAUAUGGGAUAUACUGCAACCUCGAUACCUCAAAUGUCCUCAAAGUGAGGAUGAAUGGUUACGCAUCGCUGCUGAAUUUUAUGAUAAAUGGGAUUUUCCCAAUUGUAUAGGGGCAAUUGACGGGAAACAUUGUCAUAUCCAGGCUCCGGCCUAUUCCGGUAGUGCAUUUCACAACUACAAAGGUUUUUUCAGCUUGGUCUUAAUGGCAAUUGUUGAUGCUAAUUACAAUUUUAUCUGGGUCGACAUUGGAGAUUAUGGUUCUAUGAACGACGCUGGAAUUUGGUCGAAAACAAAAUUGGAAGGAGGGAAUAAUUGCGCCAAUCGUAAAAAAAGGGGAAGGAAAAAGGGCAGAGAAGUAUAGAGGGGUGACAAUAAUGCCGUCUUUAUAUAAGGUGUACACAGCCAUUCUGGCGGAGAGGUUAAGAGAGGAGAUAGAGGGAAAGAGAAUAGUACCACAGAAUCAGACAGGCUUUAGAAAGGGGAUGGGAACAAUAGACAACAUCUACGUACUGAACUACUUGGUGAACAAAAGGCUAGAGAAAAGAAGGGGGGAAAAUUGAUAGUAUGUUUUGUGGACCUUAAGGCGGCGUUCGACUCGGUGGAUAGAGGAGUACUGAUAAAAUCAAUGAGAGAAAGAGGGAUAAGGGAAGGGCUGCUGAGAAGAACGGAGGAGAUUCUGAGGGAGACGAGAAGCAGGGUAAAGGUAGGAGACGGAAUGGGAGAAGAGUUCUGGACGGGCAGGGGUGUAAGGCAGGGGUGCCCAUUGAGCCCGCUGUUUUUCAACGUGUUAUUAGCGGAUAUGGAACAGGAAAUGGGCAGAGUUAAAUGGAGAGGAGUAAAGCUAGGAGGUAAGAGGGUGUAUACUUUGGCAUAUGCGGACAAUGUGUUAAUGGCGGAGGACGAGGACCAAAUGAGGAGCAUGCUGGAAAGACUGGAAGGGUAUCUAAGUAGGAAGAGAUUGGAGCUGAACGUGGGGAAAACAAAAAUAAGAUUUAGGAAAGGAGGAGGGAGGGACAGUAAGAGAAGGUGGAGAUGGGAAGGAAAAGAAUUAGGAGAGGUGAAGGAAUUUCGAUACUUAGGGUACAUGUUUCAAAGGAAUGGAGGACAGAAAGCGCAGGUAAGAGAAAAGAUCAAGAAGGCGGCGGCAGUGAUGGGGGAAGGUCUGGGGGAUAGGGAAGAGGAGAUUUGGGAGAGACUGGGGAAAAAGAUUAUGGCUGUUUGAUAGACUGGUGUGGACGGUCCUGGGAUAUGGAGCGGAAAUAUGGGGAUGGAGAGAAAGGGAAGGAAUGGAAAGGAUGGAAGAGAGGUAUAUCAGAUGGGUCUUGGGAGUAGAUGGGAGAACGCCGUGGUAUCUUGUUAGGGAGGAAAUGCAAAGGGGGAAGUUAAGAGGGAGGGCUGGGAUGAGGGCAUGGAGAUUCGAGAAAAAGUUAGAGGAGGGUAGAGGAAGUGAACUGGCGAGGCUAUGUUGGUAGGAGUUAAAAGGAAGGGAAAAAGAAGGGAAAGCAGGAUCAAGUUGGGAGAGAGAAAGAGGAAAGUUCUUUGAAGACAGAGAAGUAGAGUUGAAAGAUCUGGAAAGGCUGAGAGAAGACGGAGACGAAUGGUUUCACAAACUGUUUGGAGGGGAUAAGGAAGUGCAAAGGAGAGAGAGAUGGGAGAGGAUCGAGGAAGCAGACUAUAAUAAAUGGUACAAGCUAAUAAAAGGAGAGGGUAUACCGGGAUAUUUGAAGAAGUGAUGGGGAGAGAGUAGAUGGAGCAGGGUGGUGAGAUUUAGAUUAGGGAGUGAGAUGAGAGAGAGAGAGAGAGCAGAUACUGGGAAACGGAAGAGAAGAAGAAAUGUAGGUUAUGUGACCUCUCCCAUAGGGAGGAAAC